AUGGAUUCCGCCAAGCAGCCCGCUAAGCUCGUCAAGGUCACUCGUGUCCUCGGCCGUACCGGAUCCCGUGGUGGUGUCACCCAGGUCCGCGUCGAGUUCAUGGACGACACCUCCCGCAGCAUCAUCCGUAACGUCAAGGGCCCAGGUAUGCGAUUUUCCGUUUGCCGUUGA